AUGGAGUCGCAAGACCGCGCAUCGAAUGCGCUCGUGCGCAAGCGGACCGACACCGAACUGAUGCCGGCACCGCCGCCUGUAAAAAAGAUCAAGCGCCCAAAAAAGGUCAUAGACGAAGACACAUAUACCGAUGCCCUCUCGCAGAUCAUCGCACGCGAUUUCUUUCCCGGGCUUCUGGAGGCCGAGACACAGCAAGAGUACCUCGACGCCCUCGAAUCCAAAGACAAGGCAUGGAUAUCCAACGCUGGGCAGCGACUACAGCGCGUGAUGACUCCAGGGAGGCAAAGGCUGAAAAGACCGAUGCCUCUCGAACAUGGAGGACGCACACCCUCAGCAUACGGUGCAGACACGCCAUUGUCAGUUGUAUCGACAGUUGCUGAAGCGCCAAAACCAGCCGUGGACACCAAUAUGAGCCUAGCCAAUUUCCAAGCCACCUACACAAGCGAGGAUAACGAGAGCUUUUACAAGCUUAUGGACAAGCAAACCCAGAAAAAGGCGGAGAAAUACGCGUGGAUAUGGCGGGGAAACAAGCUGCCGUCCAAGCAGAUGAUAAAACAGGCCGAGGUGGAAGCAAAGUUGUUGGAAACAAGGAGCUUGGCCGAUGAUGGGUGGAAGCGGGAUAGACUGGCCAUCAAGAAUGCUGAUGACCGUCCAGCGCGACCUGAUACUUGGAACGCGAACCCGAAAAACAAUCUAAUGUUUGGGCCGGACGGUGUUGAGGACGUCUACGAAAGCCCAGCUCAGAAGGCCCAAGCCCAGUCGAGGAUGGCACCGAAAUCGAUCAACUACCAAAACACGAGGAUACCACAGCCAGUGAUCGUCGAGCGACCGCCAUCUCCAACCAUGACCGCCGUCAGAGAUGCGAUAGCUGGCAAAACGCGGAAAGAGGACCAGGCUUCGAGCGCCCUGGGUGGAGGAGAAACACCUAGGGUGAACGGAUAUGCGUUCGUUGAUGACGAGGACGAUGAAGAGGUUCUGCCAGCUCCCGUAAUCCGUCUAGGCCCGGGCGAUGCCACGCCGAACCCUUUCAAGUUGCAAGACCAGAGGAAGAGAGAGAGCUUGCACCACCGGCUGGUUGAGCGGGCAGCGCAGUCCAAACGAGAGUCUGCAAAAAAUGGGCUGACCGGAAAGCUGGAGAGAACACCAGUGCCUAAAUUUCCGUCCAGUCCACGAGUCUCGAAUGGCCUUACUCCGGCCGCUCAACGAUUGUGGAGCAAGAUUGGCAGUCCAAGACCUGGGAGCCCAAGUCACUCUUCUUCAAAGACAACGCCCAUGAGGGCAAGGGGCUCACUUCUGAAAGGCGGGUCCUCAGUGAGGCGGGAAUAG